AAAACUAUAGUUGUUAAGGCAAAAUAUUUAGUGCAAAUAAUAGUCUUGGGUACGCAAGUGGUGGGCAGAGCAUUUGCCCGAGCGUUACGUCAAGAAAUAGCAGCAAGCCAAGAAGCUGCUAAACGUGCUGGUGGUGGUGCUAAAGGUGCUAGAAGUGCUGCGACUAAUGAAAAAACUGGUUCAUCACUUGAAGAAGCACUUAAAAUAUUAAAUGUCGAGAAACCCGAUCAAAAAGAAGCUCUUGAAAAAAAUUACAAAUAUCUCUUUGAUGCUAACGACAGAUCCAAAGGUGGUUCGUUUUAUUUACAAUCCAAAGUUGUACGAGCGGAGAUUGAAACGUUGAGCUUUGAAUAA